CGCCGGGAUGGAUGUGCGCCGGCUUCGAGAGCAGAUCAGCACCGCCGAUAGACAGUUCGCUGAGGUUGGCAUCAAGUUCUACUUCAUUCAGGAUCCAGGUCCUGACGCGAAAGAUGGUGACCUUGUCAGAAGCAGCAAGACCAGCGUGGCCAUUGAGAUGCUGCCGGCAGGCUCUUGGGGACUACCUGUCGCUGUUGAGCCCAUUUAUACUGCCACGACGGAGGACGGUCAAAUGCAGUUACCUAUCCUCCACCCGUCGGUCCUCAUCCUGACAAAGCUGAAGCGCUGGUCCAUGAAUUGCGACUCGACGGGACCAAAGACUAAAGUGAAAUGUGUUAGUGACGAGCAGGACCUCGCAUUCAUGAUCGGUUGGCUCCUUGACCAUAACCUCUACAUCGACUUCCACAACUAUCGCGGUAAGGAUAAGCCGCAGCUGCUGCAGUAUGUACGCAAAUACAGGGACAAAGUCGCUGAGGACGAGGAACUGGUAGCUGACCUGAGGGGUGUCGUGCGCGGGGACGAAUAG